CGGCGCAGCUCCCCGCGCGCCCCGGCCGCCCGCCGCCUCCGCCCCGCGCCCUGAGCCCCGGAGCCGCCCGCGGUCGGGAGGCGCCGCGCCCUCGCCCCGGCCGGGCCGUGCCUUCUCCGCGCUGCGCCUCCCGGCCGGCUUGCAUGCGGUGCAGGCCGCCCGACAUGGUCUGCGAGACGAAGAUCGUGGCCGCCGACGACCAUGAGACGCUGCCGGGGGCCCCGAAGGACGCGCGGCUCGGCCCCGCCGCCGCCAUGUGGCCCCCGCUGCCCGCCGCGCCCGGCCCCGCCGCCCCCGGCGCCCCGCCGCCCGCCGCCCAGCCCCGCGGCAGCCCUGACGGCGCGGGGGCCGCGGGGGGCAGCGGCUUGUGCAUCCGCGAGUUCCGCGCGGCCGAGCAGGAGGCGGCGCGCCGCAUCUUCUACGACGGCAUCAUGGAGCGCAUCCCCAACACGGCCUUCCGCGGCCUGCGGCAGCACCCGCGCACGCAGCUGCUCUACGCCCUACUGGCCGCGCUCUGCUUCGCCGCCACGCGCUCGCUGCUGCUGACCAGCCUGGUGCCCGCCGCGCUGCUCGGGCUGCGCUACUACUACAGCCGCAAGGUGGUUCUCGCCUACCUGGACUGCGCGUUGCACUCGGACAUGGCCGACAUCGAGCGCUACUACAUGAAGCCACCCGGUCCGCUACCACCGCUACCGCCUGCAGCUGCGCGAGGAGUGACCGCCUGCCCGAGCCCGCCUGCCCGCCCGGCGCCGCCCGCUUCGGACACCCACCUUGGCGCUUCGUGUUGGGUUCUUCCCUUCUCAACGUCACUCGGCUCUGGCUGGCUCCUGGGGGUGGCUGCUCGUGUGCGACUCUUGGGGGGUCGUUGGCGGCCGCGGCUCCCCCCGCCCCUGCCCGAGGAGUGUCCGCAGGGACCGCCGCGGCUGCCCGCUCAGCCUGCACGGCCAGCUCGUGGGGCCCCGUCCACCGGGCGCCGCUGGGAGAUGCUUCUCCAGGGAAGGGCCUGCUGACCGGGUGCUGCCCACCACGUGCAGGCCCUCCACCCUGGCGUCCGCCGCCAAGGGGCCCCCUGGCAGCCCGUCGGGCUGUGACUCUGGCCACGGGCCCUGCUUUGCUCCGUGCAUGCCGAGGUAGAGCCUGCCCAGCAUGCUGUGUGCCCACUGCCUCCCGCCUGCCCGGCCCCGUGCCGCCCGUGCUGCCAGCCGGCUCCCGCUGGCACUCCCCAGGGCCUGGGCUUCCUGCCUUGCCCUGCUUCACCCACUCGGGCCUUGCUCUGACAUCGCGUUGUCUUUCCUUCAAACAACCCCCCCGCCCCCUGGGGCUUGGCCGAUGGGUGUCAUUGCCGGGGUGGGGUCCCCAAAGCAGCCCGUGGCACAGUGGGAUCCAGGCCCUUGGGAGGGAGCGGGGGGACUCCACCACUGCUGGGUUGGUGCCCCCGCUCCACUCCCCGAGCCCGUCCUGGCUUCCCGGCUGCCGGGGCUGGGGCUGCUGCGCCCGCAGCUUCUCCCAGCCUGAAACCGAACCCGUUUUUAAAUAAGUUACUUAGACAGAAUAGCAACUCUGCAUGACUUUAACUCUCGGGACAGACGGUAGCUGAUCCCUUGAAACGCAGGUGCGCCCCGGGGGCCCCAGGACGUGUGCUGUUGCUGGCACCGCAUUAGCAGGGUGAGUGGCUGGGUGCACGAGGGUUUCAGAGUCAGAAAGUUUGGAGGAAGACCCCAAAUUAGCCCAGCUCCCCGCAAGCGCACAGCCUGGGUCUCGUGGGGUCUCUGGCCCCGUAUCCGCUCUGGCAUGAGGGCCCCGAGGUGGGGCAGAGCACAUGGUGGGAGGAAGGGGGUCCCUCCUGGGCUGUCUUUCAGGGCUGGGCCACCUGGUGCGGGAGGCCGGGCAGGGGUGACAGGGUCGAUGGGCAGCGUUGGCGUAGUCGGCUGCCCGGGGCGUGGAGGCCCUGGAGACCCCAUUACGUGGGCUCGGGGUGGGGGUAGCAGCCACAAGGCUGGGUCCCAGCCACCAGGGUGCACGCGCGGGACCCCCGAGGGGAUGUUCUUAAAAAGGUGUUUCAGAAACCAGAGACUCCCCAUGCCCAGCCUGGUCCCCUGCCCCGCAAGGUGCUGGUGGGACCCUGUACAGACCCGUCCCCUGGACCCUUUCCUGGUGGUGCCCUGCCCCGCGUGGGGUGGGGUUUUGUAGACUGUACAGAAAUCGGCAUCCUAUUUUCUUGCAGCGGUCAGAUUUUGUUAACCUGGAUUAUACAGACAGACGUAAAGUGUUUUAGCAAAAUGGAAAA